UAGUGUAAAGCAAGGCGAUUGCCAAACAAAACUUAUUCAGUGAGCUAAGCCGUGUGUUCACUCUUACAAUUCGCUAAACAAAUAGGUUUCUAUCGAAGGGAAAAAUCACCAUUGUGGACGACGUUCAGUUGUAGGAACUACCGGCGCUUGUCGUUUUCUCCCUUCCAGGACCCUGACGCUGUAAUAAAGGGGACAACAGACACGAUCAGCUGUUCUGGAUGCCAAUUUCUCUGUACCUGUACAUUUCUCUUGCGGGAUCGUCGUACAAACUGCAGGCUGGGGCCCAUUGCCGACGUGACGUUGUUCCGCGACCUCUACAUGCCCCCAUGCGGCUCGACCGACCCCAGGAUGGUGGAGAAGCACAAUUUUGACGCCGUCGCCGACGGAUGUAUGCUGUCGUCGAACUCCGGACAGACGGCAUGCACGGACAAACUGAUGAUCGACUGUCACAUGUCUUCACGGCAAUCCAUGCCGGUGUCGAGUGAGGGCGAGGAUCUACCCGGGGUGUGUGCUGGGUGUGGUCGGCGUAUCGAGGACAGGUACUACCUGCUGGCGGUUGACAAACAGUGGCACGUCAACUGUCUCAAGUGUUUCGACUGCAAACUCCUACUCGACUCCGAACUCACGUGUUUCGCGCGUGAAGGAUAUAUUUAUUGCAAGGAAGAUUAUUAUAGGCGAUAUGCAAUCAAACGGUGUUCGCGAUGCCAUCUUGGAAUUGCCGCCAAUGAACUUGUGAUGCGAGCACGUGACGCCGUGUACCACCUCUCGUGUUUCACGUGCAGCUCGUGCAAUAGACCUCUAACCCCGGGAGAGCAAUUCGGAAUGAAGGAAAGUCUUGUGUACUGUCGAUCAGACUAUGAAGUCAUUUUUCAGGGAGAGUUUUUAAAUAUGUCCCCCGAAAUGGGGGCCGGUUCCGGAGGACUUCCUUACUAUAACGGCGUAGGGGCAGUGCAAAAAGGGCGGCCUCGGAAACGGAAGAGUCCAUUAUCGGAUAUGGAUGGUUGUCCUACAUCCAUGGUUAUGGAGAACCCCGACCGUCCAGGUGAAGUGAUGGACCGCGAUGACUACCAACACCAGAGCGCUCGCCAGAAGAGGGUGCGCACGUCAUUCAAACACCACCAACUCCGGACCAUGAAGUCGUACUUCGCCCUCAACCACAACCCGGACGCCAAGGACCUCAAACAGCUGGCGCAGAAGACAGGAUUAUCAAAACGAGUCCUUCAGGUGUGGUUUCAAAACGCCAGAGCGAAAUACCGCCGAAACUUACUCAAACAGCAGCAGGACCAGGGAAAGGACGACCAAGGUCAAGGUGGGACAGACGGAGAGAAGAUGGACGACUCUUCAUCCAUGCACGACCUCACACAGGACCAGUCGCCCGGGUUGUCCGACAUCAGCUCCAGUCCCUCCCUGUCGGACCUGCACACCCCGUCACUGGACACGGAUCAAAACACUAACAGCAUUUCAGACCUCUUCUCAAACUCCAUUGCGUCUAUAAACUAAAAGAACAUGCACCAGGUGGCGCUCUUAACUGAUUUGAUAUCCUGUCGUCUGGACUUGGUUUGGAAACGUACAGUGGUACAAGACUUGAAGCAAAGUCAACUUGGACUAUUGUGUUUUCCAGUCGAUUCUCUAAGACAGUCAUUAAUGGGUCAAACACCGCAUGACACGUGCUCAAAGACACCCAUUACAGAAGCUUAAAUUAUAUGACGCAUCUCGAAAGAUACGCGUCAUUCGAUCAAAAGCUAUACAGCGGAUCUUCAGCGAUACCACAUAUAUAUAAUAUAAUGUAUAAGACCAUACGCUUUACGAAGAAGCCUGACGCAUCCAAUAUACAUAUGAGAACUAUUUCAUGGAUCUCAAAAGACACCCAUAACGUACAUCGUACAACUAAACAUUAUAAGAACUACGUAAAAAUAGCCACAGAACAACGAACAGCUAUAAGGGAUCUUUACAUGUGUAAAAUGUACAGCCAAGCGGUCUUUGACAGAUUCGCAAGGACAUCGUGAUACAACAAAACACUUUUCACCGAUCCGCAAGGAUAUGCACCAUAGAGCCAAACAUCACGCGGGAUCCUUGAAGACGUUUAUAAAACAACUACGCUUUGGAUCUUCAUAAUAUAUUCAUUCUUCGAUCGCAGACUGACCUUCUAACGUCUAAGUGUGCUUUGUUGUUUAUUUGUCAAUUUCUUUUCUGACUGGUGCACGGGAAAUGUCUCAAACAACUGUCUAAUGGUCAUCCACAUUUACGACACCACGAACAUGCGUCUGGUGAAGAGUCUUAAAACCGUCCCCACCUCAGAGACACGGAUUUGUGUUCAUCGCACAGCUGUGGCACGUGUAGUCCGUGCAGUGUGUGCAACUAAACUUACCAUGUUACAAUGUACUCGAAUUGUCAAGCAAGGAAGUGAAAAAUAUUGCUAUACCUCAGACAUCCGAGGUACAACAAUACGCAUUCCAUGAAAAGAUAAAACACAGUGCUGAACGUCACAUGUUUCCUUCUUGAUUAGAAACAUAGUGGCGUGGCUGGUAUCUUCGACUGAAAUUUAUUUUCGGAAUUACGUAACUAUUGGUUUCGAAUUCUGACGAUCAGUGAUUGAUUGUUGUUUGUCAUGUUUUCGCUUCUUGUUUCACUGUUGUCAAAGUGCUAUAUCUGAACCUGUGUUUUGUAGAUAUAUUGUAAAACAAAACUGAACGAUCUCACGUGUAUUAUUUUUAUCAUUAUUAUUAUUCUGCUUCAUCCUGUGCUAGUUCGUAUCUGUAAAGAACCUCGCACAAGCUUCGAUGAUUAUUUAUUUAUACAAAAAUGAAAAUCUGUUUAUCGUAACCCAUCAAAAGGCUUUACCAUUCAUCCCUUAUGAUAUUUCAGAAAACAUGUUUUCUCUAAUUAACGUAUUAUAAUUUUUACAAAAAGAGAUUGUCUCUGUUCUUUUAUGCA